CAAGACUGCGGGCACCGGGUCAUCUGGCAUUGGAUCGUCUGGCUCGACAGCGGGCAUCGGGUCACCAGGCAUCAGGUCAUCUGGCUCGACAGCGGGCACCGGGUCAUCAGGUCACCUGGCUUGACAGCGGGCACCGCGUCAUCUGGCAAGGCAGUGGGCACCGAGUCAUCUGACAAGACUGCGGGCACCGGGUCAUCUGGCAUUGGAUCGUCUGGCUCGACAGCGGGCAUCGGGUCACCAGGCAUCAGGUCAUCUGGCUCGACAGCGGGCACCGGGUCAUCAGGCAUCAGGUCAUCUGGCUCGACAGCGGGCACCGAGUCAUCUGGCAAGGCAGUGGGCACCGAGUCA